AUGUCAAUUCAAUUAGCAUGCUUGAAUCUCAGAGCUGACGUCAAAUCGGAGCUUAAUUCCCAGCAGAACUACUUGUGUACGUAUGCACAGGAUGGAGAAUCACUUUGGAUACGAAAUCGUGACGUAGUAUGGAUGAAGGGGAAUGUAGUCUAUCGAAGACUUAGCUUUGAGUCUGAUGAGAGCAUUAUAUCGACUUUAUUUUGUUGCUUCAAUGGGGAAAGCAAGAGUCUGGUAGUAGUUUCUAGGGAACAGGCGAGUAUAUUUUAUGAAGAUGGCAGAAUGAACGUUGUUUCCUUUUCAUUCAAUGUGAGAAAUGCUUUUUGUUUCGAACAUGGAAUUAUUCUAGAAAAGGUGCAAGAUCUUGUUACCGACAUUGAAGAUUCCAGCAGAAAUGUAAGAUUUCUGACAAUGACAGAUGCACUUGCUGAUUACGGUGCCGUUGUUUCUUCGAGUACUUCUACAAUUGGCGUCGAAGAGGAAUUAUGCUCUUUUAGUGAGUCUCAAUCCAGCUCAAACUUGUGUUGCACAUUCGACAAAUUAAAUGAUUCUAUUCACAUAUAUCACCUAAAAUACUUGAUCAGGAAGGAAAACUCCAGAUCCAGUUCUGCUUCUGGACAUACUCAUGCCAAAAGGCGAACAAAACAGAAGCCAUUUGCUAUUUCUUCAACUCCUAAUUCUUCGAAGCUAGUGGAUGAGAAGGAUGUUUCUACUAAAAAAAGAAUAAACUCGCUAUCGCAAGCCUUGUCAAUUGAUAGGAUGGCUUCCGGUCCUGAUACUGGCACAGAUUUUCAUUCACAUACUCACAAUGCCAGCGUAAUGCCGUCGAAUGGACAAGCACUAAGGAAAGAUGUAAUUUUGACAAAAGUAUACACUUUUUCUUUCAAUGACACAAGAGACAACCUAAACAUUUUUUCCAUAAAAUGCGAUCGUCAGGAAGCUGUUGUUAUACACAACAGGAGAACUUUUGAGCUUUGUGUUGUCAUUUUCAACUAUGCUCAUGAUUCUUUAUCUCUCCCAUCAUUUAGUUCCAUUUAUCGACUAAGUGCGCUCGACUCAAAGUGUAUUUCCACUCGCAAGAAUGAAUUCAAUACUUCACAUGAUGGUUAUAUUAUUAUUCUGAAAGAUGAAUCCACGUUGUUUCUAGCUAAUCCGUUCUUUGACCUUCUUUCUCCCCCUAUCAACCUGAAAAACAAGGUGCCUCCUAUAUCAAUGAUUACCAGCACCUUCGAAGAAUGUAUUGCAAUGCUGGCUGAAAAUAAUAAAAUAUACGAAAUCAACUUGGUUCUCCAUCCACAAAAUCAGUUAGUAGAUAAGCUACUUUCAAUGAUGAAAUACUGUGGAGGUGAUUACACUUUUGAAUACGUUUGGCUGAAAUGGUGCUGUGUAUUGGAAUUAGAUCCUUCACACAAUGAGUGGACCUGUCUUUUGACCACACUGCUUUCCGUCAUUCUUCCGAACGAUCUAAAGUUCAAAUGUUUCAACGACAUUAACGAGCUAACCAGUUGUUUGCCUUUGCUUGAAAAGUUUCGACUACUAGUAGACGAUUCAAAAUAUCAGUUAUCUGAUUUAAGCCCCAUUUUGAUUUUAUCAAUUCAUUUAUUACGUGAAGACUUGAAGUUGAACAUCAUGUGCUCGCAACAAGUGGAUACUUUAGGAGUUAUAUUGGCACAGUUAACACAGUGGGCUUCUUGGACGGAUACUUGGAUAUGCUAUUAUCAACAGAGUCACGACAUUGUGGAUAAAUCUUUAAAGCUUAUGAUUCCGCAAUUAUUCCCCAAGCCUCCAAAUAUUGUUGAGUCCCUAUCAAGUAUAUUUACUGAUGCAAUUGUUCCUUAUAUCACAUUUUCACAACUAGUUGAAGAACCUGAUUACAUAGACGAGCUAAUGACUCCCAGAACUUUUCAUGUACUGAAAUUGUUCGAAGCGAUCAUAUCUAACGAUUUUAGCGAGGGAGAUGUAAUUAGCAUGAUGUUGGACUAUCAAAUAAGUUCUACGGAUCUGGAGACAUAUCCAAUGGGGGUAUAUUUUCCUUUGAAAAGCAUAAUGACAAAGUGCAAGGAACAUUCUUCGGAUUUGUCGACACAGGAAUUGGCUUUAGUUGGAAGAAAAGAUUUGCAACUUCUCUUUGCAGACAUGCCUUUUCAGCAACUUUUACAUUUCCAUCAACGCCCUGCUUCCUUGCAAGGUUCUAGAGAUGUUCAUCAAAUUCUGCAGGCGUUGAAUGAGCAUGAGGUCUUAACAGCUUGGGAUGGUCAGUUGGAAGCUGACAGGAUGCAUACCACUAGAAAAAUAUUCUCUGAGGAUAGAAGAUUUCACGAAAUUACUAGAUUACUGCAGUCUAGCAAAGUUCAGCCUGCUUUGUUGAACUCUCAUGCAAAAAUGAAUGAGCACGAUUUUCAUAUUCUCCAGAAGCAUCUGGCAUUGACGGUUGCAUUACGAACGCUAACUAUUCCCUUGGGUAGAAGUGCUAUUUUCAUCAGCAGCAGAAGGCCGCUGAUUACGGAAAGAUUUCCAAUUCCUAAAUUAAACUUCCAGUGUGUCUUGUUGCCUCAGGAAAUAACGAUAACACUUGAGAAGUCGGCUAUUGAUAGUGAGACUAUCGAAUGGGGUUAUUUUCAUAAUGGAGUAUCUGCUGGCUUGACUGUUUCCCGCGAUGCUACAGAAAUAUCUGGAAGUUGGAUCGUCUUCAAUCGACCUCCAAAGCUGAACGCACAGCAUGCGGGGUUUUUAUAUGGACUGGGUUUGAAUGGACACAUGAAAAAGUUAGAAGAAUGGCAUAUAUACAACUAUUUGGGACCCAAACAUCUUCAUACCAGUGUUGGCCUACUCUUAGGUAUGUCUGCCAGUCUAAAGGGCACUAAGAAUUUGAAACUAACUAAGGUCUUAUCCGUUCAUAUCGUAGCCCUAUUGCCUGCAGGUUCAACAGACCUCAACGUGAGCUUAGGUGUUCAAGCUUCUGGUCUGAUAGGUAUUGGGCUACUAUACUUGCAAACUCAACACAGAAGGAUGAGUGAGAUGCUGCUCUCUCAAAUAAAGGGGUCAUUAGUGGUUGAUGAAAGAGAAUUGGUAAGUGAGACUUAUCGAUUGAGUGCUGGUAUAGCGUUCGGACUUAUCAAUCUUGGUAAAGGUGACCAUCUAGGGGGGUUAAAUGAUACACAUUACUUGGAUACAUUGUUUUCACUGGCAUGUGGUUCGAGAGAUACCCAGACUAAACAACAACUUGACAAGUCCAGUGCCGGUGCUAUUAUGGCAAUCAUUUUUAUUUUUUUGAGAACAAAUUCAGGAGACAUUGCUAAUCGUUUGGACAUCCCAGAUGCUGAACAGCUCUUAGAUUACAUUAGACCGGAGUUCUUGCUCCUUAGAGUUUUAGGGAAGCAGAUCAUUUUAUGGGACAGCAUAGAAUGUAGUCUGCGAUGGGUGUCAGAUCAGGUACCAAGAAGCAUUAACCUGAAAGCGAUUGAGUUAAUUGGAGAUUUGAAUAGUGAUUGUUUGAAAUACCUUUAUAUUGUUACUGGUCUCUGUAUGAGUAUUUCUUUGAGGUUUGCAUCUACAUGUGAUAAAGGUGCCCGAGAUACGCUCUUGUGGUACUUUGACCAAUUUAUGCGAUUGACAAGUCUUUCUUGUGUCACGCAUGAUCAUAAGAUAACCCUGAAAAGUGUUAUGGAACUAAGAGAUCUCUUGGGAAUAUCUUUGAGUAUCAUUGCAGCUGGUUCUGGGGACCUAGAAAUCAUGAGAAGGUUAAGAUACCUACAAAACGACACAAAUUUUUGUAAGUAUGGAAACUUUAUGGCAAUCAAUAUGGCUCUUGGCUUCCUAUUUUUAGGUGGAGGACAAUAUGCUUUUAAAAGUGAUCUGUUCUCAAUUGCCACUUUAUUAGUAUCGAUAUAUCCUGUAUUUCCCAAAGUGGCUAACGACGGAGAAGAUGUUCUGCUGCAAGCAUUGCGGCACUUUUGGAGUAUGGCAGUGGAGAAGAGAUGUCUAAUAGUGAGAGAUGCUGAAACUUUAGAAACACUCUCAUUGAUGAUUCACGUACUUCUAAAAAAUGGGUCUUCUAAGAAGUUUUCAAGUCCUUGCUUGCUUCCGGAUUUAAAUGAUAUUGACUCAAUCAUAGUUAAUGACGAUGGGUUCUUCUCUAUUAAAAUGGAUAUGGACGCCUUGAAUGAAAAGUUCAAAAAAUCACCGACAAUUUUUGUUCUCAAGAAGAGGUUUCAUAACAGUUUGAAACGUGAUCUGAACGAAGUCAUCAUGUAUGACGGAAACAUCAACCAUCACCAAAAAAAUCAGAACCACUCCCAAUUCGCCUUAAAUUCCUUCAAGUCACAUCUCGGACUAAUAAAACACGAAAGAGAAGCACUUUUAAAUAACAGUUAUGACUUUUUGUCUAACGCAAUUGAUUUCAAGCUUGAAAUUUUACAAAAGUCGAAACAUCCAAAAGACGUUGAAGAUUACUGGAAUCUAAAAUUAGUAUUUCAAUUUUCAGAGCGUCAACACCACCUGCACUUUAUGAACUUGAACUUCUUAGAGCUAUUAAAAGAUGAGUUAUACCACACAUAUGGAAUAUAA